AUGCAUGAGCAAGACGAGGAGCCGGCGCACCACGCGCGCCGGCCUAUGAACGCCUUCCUAAUAUUCUGCAAACGUCACCGGAGCGUCGUUCGCGAUAAAUACCCGAAUUUGGAAAACAGAUCCAUUACCAAAAUUCUUGGUGAAUGGUGGGCCAACUUGGACAAAGAAGAGAAAGCUUGCUACACAGGUCUUGCUAAACAGUAUAAAGACGCAUUCUUCAGCGCCAAUCCUGACUUCAAAUGGUACAAGUUGCCCGCUCCUCCACUACGAACGCUUUCCUCACGGCCUCGAGAAUCAGUUGACAAAACUGUGGAGUCCUCUAACAAUGAAUAUCAUGAGAGUGAACUAGAAAGGACUAAUAACAAUUCUACAAGAUAUGAUUAUAACAAAAAAUCGAAUGAAAAUGAAACAGAGGUGGAUGUCAAACCUCUAUCUAUGUUUACUCCUGGCAAGUUAGCUGACGAAGCUCAAAUGGGAGGCCUGAGCAGCCUUCUCGCUACCAAGACUGAAGUUCAAACUCCUAACCCGUACUACUCACCCCCAUCCUGUAAAUUUAACGCGAUCUCUACCCCAAUCGAAUUUAGAUCUCAAGAUAUAGAACGUAAACCCGGCAGAGAAGAUAAUAUACGAGAACUACAAAACGCUUUAACUGAGACAACUAAGAUGUUUGAAGAAGACUUCGAAGGGAAGGAGCGGUUGUACCGCUAUGGUGUACCCAAUGACCAGUUCACGAACCAAGACGUUAUAGACCAAAUAGUUGAUAAGAGAUAUUCUAAAGAUGACGAGGGUUAUCAAAGGAACUGGUCGGAUGAUGAGAAAAACUCGAGAUCUGGUCGAUCGUGUAAAGGAAAAAGAUAUCAAGAAUUCAUGGCUGUUGGAGGACUCAUAGUGAAUAAGAGGCAAAGGAAAGACUAUCCCGAUAGGUUGCCAGACGAGGGCUACAGUGCGUCUUGUAGCUGGGAUCUAGGCUCUAUCGAAACAGUGACUGACGACUCUAAAAGUACCAUUAACGAAAUCGAAAUCGAAACUAAGGAAGAGCCCAAAACACCCGAACCAGACAACAAUCCAAACAAAACAUUCAAAGCUGCCGACUUCGACUUAGAUGCUAAAAUUAGGGCAUUACCUUCUUUAAGCUUAGAAAAGUUCCAACAAAAGAAAAGAGAGAACAAACGCAAGAAAAAGACAAUAAAUUCAAAACCGAAACCCCAUGAAAAUCAGAUAAUAAAUUCCGUUCCACGAUCAAUAUUAGAUGAAAGGCGCGAAACAGCUGAAAGUUGGCGUGAUACGGUCAUCGGUAGCCAAAAGCGGAAACCUAGGAAGAUAAGCAUUACACGACUUGAGAUUAACAGCCUCGUAUCUAGUAAUAUGAAUGGGGGCCAUAAAAUAAGUCCUGAGAUAAAAAUCGCCACGGAAGCUCCUUGCACCGUCGUUCAAAACAUGGACAUGAGCAACCAAACCCAUAGUGCAGACCUUCUAGCGUUGGCCACCUUGGCCGAAGUCGCCUCCAAUACUUCUAAAAUAGAAGAAACCGCCAACGACGACGCUUCCAAGGUA